CUUGAAGACCAGCAUCCAGAUGAUUAAGAUUAAUAUCCAAAUUACUGAGAGGUGUGCUUCCUUUGCUUACAGAUAUACACCAAAGAGCCCCCCGAGGAAGCCAGACAGAUCCAAAGAACUGGAAGCAGAUUCUUCACAGAGCAACUCCUAUAGGAACCCACUCUCCAAAAUGCUGCGCCUCAAGAAAAUGAAGCCUCUUGGACAGCGGAAGCGCUCAACGCCUGCUGCACUCAGCAAGGCACUCAGCAUGUCUAAGCAUCACUCCGGCAGGGAAGUAACUUGUCAUCCCGUCCAUUCAGACAAUGGAUUACCAGCCGGGGCUUUCGGUAAUCCAAAUUCUGUUUUCAUUUUGGAGGAACAAGUACAGCUAACUGCAGGCUUACAGACGCAAGAGAGAUGUUUGUUCCUCUUCAGCAAUAUGUUGGUUGUUGCCAAGUUCAAGUCAACCUCCAACUUGAAAGUGAAGAAGCAGUUGCACCUGAGUAAGGUGUGGACAGGCAGCUGCCUCAGUGAAGUGUCGGAGAAAAGAUUCACCCCUGAGACCUCCUUUGUGAUUGGCUGGCCCACCACCAACUUUGUUGUCACUUAUAGAUCGCCUGAAGUGAAGGACAGGUGGAUGUCAACACUGCUGUGGCACAUCAAUGAAGUGAAGCAGGCUGAGUAUCCCAAAAGCAUACCCAUGCAGAUUUUGUUGAUGGACGGUGACCACAGCUCCUCUAGCACUGCAAUAAUCGUCUCCAAUGUAGAAACAGCAGAGCAUGUCAUCAAGAGGACCACUGAGAAGCUGGGACUUCCUGGCCGGCCAAGAGACUAUCUCCUUUGGGUAAUACCAGGAAGGGACAAUAAUGCUUACCCACUUAUCGGCCAUGAGCAACCCUUCAGCAUUAUUCUCAGCUGCCUUGAAGACUCCAUGCACCAGCCACAAGAUACGGACAACAGAAUGCCGUUCACUGAUUAUUAUGGAAAUUCCAUCCUGGACCAGCUCCCCAGGGAUAGGCAAUGCCAGUUCAUCCUGAAACUCAGACACCAGGCUCCAGAGCAGCUGCAGAGAGAAAAGGUACAGAAGCACACCAAGAGGAAGAAAUCUUUGAUCGAUUGGGCACUCCGCCGAAGCACCAGCACCCCAACUGGCAGCCCAGUAUCACAGUCUCCAACCACCUCGAGGAAGCUUUUUGGCCUGUCCCUGGAAUCAUUGUGUCCUGAUGGAAACCUCCCCAAGCCAAUUAUGGAUAUCCUGCAACUCCUGUACCAUGAGGGCCCCACCACAAGGGGCAUCUUCAGGCGCUCGGCUAAUGCCAAGACUUGCAAGGAACUGAAAGAAAAACUCAACUCUGGAGAUGAUGUCCAAGUGGAUGGUGAAUCUGUCUUUGUGGCAGCUGGAGUUAUUACAGAUUUCCUACGCAAUAUACCUGACAGUGUUCUAUCCUCAGACAUGCACGGGCUGUGGAUGGAAGCCAUGGAUAAGGAAAGCCGAGCACAUAAGAUUGAAGCACUCAAAAGCUUAGUGAAUCAGCUCCCAGAAGCAAACCUCAUUUUGCUCAGACACCUAUUUGGAGUUUUACAUCACAUUGCGCAAAAUUCGACAGAGAAUCAAAUGAACGCCUACAACUUGGCCCUCUGCAUCGCCCCCAACAUGCUGUGGCUUCCCAGCCCAACAGGUCCUGAGGAGGAAAGCAAAUCCACAAAGAAGGUGGCCAGGCUGGUACAGUUCCUGAUUGAAAAUUCAGCUGAAAUUUUUGGAGGAGACAUUGCUACACUGUUCCAACAGUCAGAGAAAGAGAAGUCCAAGAGUGUGGGUGCCUUCCUAGGCCAGCUCAAUGAUUCCUCAGAUGAGAUGGAAAGUGUUCCCUCCUACCAAGGAAGGGCAAAUCAGCAUUAUGUGCGGGAAGCAGGCGGUGAGGGCCUCUUCAGCCCAUUUGAUGGACUGAUGCUCAAUGAGGAUCAAGAGGACUGGGAUUUGUUUAGCGAGAUCACUGCCUGCUAUCAGAGCAAAGCUGGACACGCCUGUUCCAACAGCUGCGACUUCCUGAGAGAGCAGGGAUCCUUUUGCUCACACUGCCCAGUCUGCUCACUGGGGCCCUCAAGGAAUCGGUGCUCUUCGGAGCCCAGCGUUUGCCUGAGCUCUCAACUUUCUGUUGAGGACCACGAGCCAGUGGCCCGGCAAUCCAGUUGUGAUGCCACCAUCAUGCACAGCCACAGUGAUUACGUCCGCAGGCUCCAGCAACUGCAGAUGGAGAGCCAGAAGAUCAUAGAUGAAGGGCUGAACCCUGGUCCGAGCAAAGGAAAGCAGAGUUUCUGGGGGGCCUACCCAAGCACCAGCAUGCCCAAGAAGCUUGACCCUCUGAAGUCGUGCCUGUCUAACACGUCUAGCUUCUCCAGCCUUUCAUCAACCACCACAUCUGCCUCCUCGCUGAGCUCCUUGGAGAGCGCUUUCUCGUACUGCUCCGAGUCAUCUACCUUCAGCCCCACUGAAGCCUCCACCCCGUCAUUCACAUUUGAGACGUCUACCAAGCACCACGGCUUGUCCCCUAAGAUGGCAGAGAGAUCCUUGAAGGAGUGGCACAAGCCCUUGACCUCCCCAUUGCCACUGGGCCCUUGCAAUGUGGGCGCUUGCUGCGGGAGACAGGUGGAUGACCAAGAGCCAAGCUGCAGCAGCAGAGUGUCAUCGAGGGUCUACAUACCCGUAGGUAGCCCGUUUCGCGAGGACAACUGGGAUGAAGAGAGGAAAGAGGCAGGAGCUGCUGAGAUGUUCGGACGCACUCCUGUGAAGUCAGACUUCAGAGGUCAUUUCCCUAAUACCAAGAGCGCUUCUCUGCCAGCACCGCAAGUGCAAAGGGAGAAAUCUGUGAAGCACAUUGAGAUUAGUCGUCCCAAAACUUUGCACCACGGCCAAGAAAGCCUGAAGCGCACCAAGAUAACCGUAUUCAUGGCACCUAAAACGAGCUAUCCAACAGCAUCUCCUGUAGGGCAAAACAAGGAGGAGACAGCCAAGAAUCUGCAGAGCAUGAAAAUUCAUAUUCCGCAGACAGUGUUCUACGGGCAAAACACUCCUUUGGUCCUCCAGUCUGCCUCAAGGAGAUACCACCAUGAGUCAGUGAGCCAGUCACCCCAGGUGGAGAUCCCUGAAAGUGUUCCCCUCGUGGAAGUCCCAGGGGACCCAGCUGAGCAGGUAGGGUGGCACACCAGGGUCCAGCGGAACACAUUCGGCCAAAACCUCCGCGUCUUUCUCCCGACCUCCAUCCGCAACACCGUCCGGGAGUACUUCAACCAGGAAAGCUCUAAGGAAUACUGCAUGAUGAGAGCAGAAUCGGUGGAGAGUGAGCUUCUGCGGAACAGGGCAGAGUGGCUUAGAAGCCAGCCCCGCCCCAGCGCCCCGCCCAAGAAGCACAGCGGUCGAAUGUUUCCAGAAGAAACCAUUGUCUAGGAGCAGAGCACCUGCACCUUGCGCAUUUUUGUGCUUUCUUUCCGCAUAGGGAGGAUAGUCCUGUGAAAGUGCCUCUAAAAUGCUUAGCUGAGAUGUGAAGCUAUUCGUUUUCAUGGGCUGGUGUCAAGUGGCUGUCAGUGUGGUCAUUUGUAGCUUUUCCCUUGGCCUCUGUGUGUGUGUGUGUGUGUUUCCCUGCCCAGAAGAAAAGACGGGAACAGAUGGCUGCUAACAUGAAGCCGUACUCCACACAUGCAAAGCUUCAUCCUGCUGCUUUCUGCUGAAGAUGCCAGUUUGCACAGAGGGGUGAGCAGACAGGAGCAGAGUCACUCAAAAGGAUUUUUGUUGUUGUUGUUUCAGCUCCAUGCAAACGUCAUGGCAAGCCUACAAGGACGCUGAGGAGACCCUUUCAAUUACAUUGAAAAAAAAGUACAACAAAAAGAAAUCCUGGCUGUUUUUUGUUUUGCUUUUCACUUUGUUAGGUGAAACUCGAAAGAAAAACAUUUCAUCCCCCCCCCUUCAUUUCUGAAUUCUCAUUGUUUGUGUGUUUAACUUGGGCAUGACGCCCAAGGCCGUGUGGAAAUAGUUAUGUGAUGUGGCCAAGUAUGGGACAAAGCAAGAAAGCUACUGGUCUGCUAAGUUUGGUUUGGUCAGCUGGCUGCUUUCUUCUUAGGGAAGACCUACUGAAGCUCUCAAGGUAUCCCAGGCUUGGCAGGCUUUGUGUGGCUUGUUGAUCAUACUUAUGCCAUCCCCAUUUCAUCUUGCCUUGACUCAUGUGCUUCAUGUGAACAUUCUUUCUUUCUUGCAAUGUUCUUUUGAAAGAAUGGAGAAAUGUCUCCGAAUAGCCCUCCUUUCAUCCACAGGGUUUUCACUUACCGUAUUUUUCCGUCUGUAAGACGCCCCCAUGUAUAAGAGGACUAUUUUGGAGGACUCAGAUUUAAGAAAAUGGGGGGAGAUGUAUCCAUGUAUAAGAUGCUCCCUAAUUUGUGACAUUAUUUUAAAGGAAGAAAACCUAAUCAUAUACACAGAAAAAUAUGGUAACCUCCAAAUCUCCCCUUGUCAGCACCGCCAACUUGAAAAUUUCUUCGGUGGAUUUCUUUAUAAGGGACGCUGGGGUCAUUUACAACUUUCUACAACUCUGGCUACUUCAUGAGGUCCUGUCUCAAGGUCCCUCCCUCCCCAGCUGUGUUUUGAUGCAUCAAAGUUACUGGUCGUUGUUGUUAUUAUUAUUUAUUUGAACUUACUAGUCAUUUUGCACAAAGGUCUUAAAAUGUCUUACAACUAACAGCAACAAAAAUAAUAUGCAGUACUAAUAGUUUAAAACAGAUACACAACACAAGGUAAUCAGACCAUGAAAACAAUCCCUCUCCCUCCAACAUAGGUCUGACCACAAGAAAAAAGCCACCAAAGAAGGGGGUGCCUCCCAGAUAACUGGGGGGAAAGGAACAUCUUUGCCUGGAGGCAAAAAAUAUCAAUGUCAGUCAGUGGUGGAGCAAGCCGAUCAGGCUCCUAGGGCGACAUGUGUGCACUGCACCCAGGGGCGGAGCCAGUCAUCCACAGGGGCGGAGCCAGCUGGCCACAGGGACACCGUGGGGCCUCCAAGGAGUAUCUCCUCCCACUCAGCCACCCUACAGCUGAGGAGGAGGUAGCAGGCAGACUGUUUGGGGCAGCACGGAGGCUGCAGGUGCUCAGGCCAUGGCGUCACUCCCAGGAGAGACGCGUGGCCUGGGCACUCUGCAGGCCCUGCAGUGAGUGCCGCCCACCAUUUUGUCACCCCCCUCAGUGGGGACACCCAGAGCAGACCGCACCUACCGCACCCCCUUUGCUACACCCCUGAUGUCAGUGCCAGGUGUGUCUCCCUAGGGAGAGAUUUCCAUAGAUAGGCCUACUGAAAAGGCCUGUUUUCUGGACAGCUGCUCUCUGGACAGCUGCUGGUGGGGUACACAGAGAAGGGGCUCUUAUGCUGACCUCAGGAUCUUGGCAGGCAUGUGUGAGAGGAAGGUGUUCUUUAAAGUAUUGGGCUCCUUCUGAGCCAAGGAAAGCUAUAUAGAUCAAAACUGAUUUGGUUGUAUUUACACAUAGUCCAGCAUAGAAGGAAGUUUGCAUGUAGAGUAAAAUGGGCAGAAGGAACAGAGGAAGGGCAAUCUGAAAUGAAAUUUUAACAGGUGGCAAAUAGGUCUGGCAAUAUCUUAGGGUGUUUUUUAAAAACUAGGCAUACUGUGCUGUGGGUAGCGCUGACCCUGGUGCAAAGAGCAGCCUGCACUGAUUUCAGGAGGGGAAAACAAAAGAAUAGUCUGAGCCCAAGCAUUGCCAAGGGAAGUGCAUGGAUGGCUACCCAAAGUGAAAUCAUGUGAUCCUGUGUGCACAUUGGAAAAUGCUGUCUGGCCGGCUGCCAGUGCUGGCUCAUCCACAGGGACAGCAGAUCUGGCCACCAAGGAAUACAUCAACUGCUAGCUGAACCACAUCUUUCUGCGAAAGAACAGAGCCAUCCUUGCUUAGGGGACAGAAAGAGUAUGUGAUAGAGAUUUUUUGAAGCAAGGUUUCGUUCAAACGUUAUAGAAGGUUUUCCGAGUGGGACAUGUAGAAAAGAAAGCUGGGCCACUUUUUUAAACAAAGUGUUUAUUCGCUUUAACUACCGGUUUAAGAAGCUUUAAUUGUUUCUGUGGUCUGCUCUUGAGCAUUUUUCAUUGAACCUAAAAGUAAGUAGAAGAUCUCUCUUCCCUUAGUCAGUGGAAAUCACUGUCCUUAUCUUUAAACUGGAAGAAAUAGAUUUUUCCUGCUGAUACGUGAUCAUUUAAAAAAAAUAAUGUUGCUGUUGUUCGUGUCGUGUCCCGUUGUGCUUGUUUGUUCUGUGAGUACAAGUUUAAGCUCUUUGUUGUCAAUUUCUCUUGCACAUAAAAGCUGAUAAAGAGAUUGUUUCCUUCUAGAUUUCUAAGCUAUGGUUGUAAAAUAUUUAAUAAAAGAAGCACAGCUUUAUUUGUC